AUGCUCCCUCCAACGCGACACCUUCUAUCCUUCCUCCAAGUCGUGUCACUGGUUGACUUGACUUCAGCUACACCGUCUGGCAAGGCACAGUCGCCGCCGCAGCAGCAACCCUUGUCGUCGAGCAACGACACCAAGAAUGCCGCACCCCCGCCGCCCGUCUCCGCCGAGCUCUUCCGAUCCCUCGAGCGCACGUCGCGCAUCGUCGACAUCACCUACUGCGUCGGCACCUCGGGCAUAUCGCAGCCCUUCUCGUGCGUCUCGCGCUGCAAGGAGUUCCCCUCCUUCACGCUCGUCUCGACCUGGAACACGGGCGUCCUGCUGAGCGACAGCUGCGGCUACAUUGCCGUCGAUCACGGCGUCCGCAGGCCCGGCGACGAGGACAGGUUCAAUGGCGAGGUCGGGGAGGAGGCCAUCAUCAUCGCGUUCCGAGGCACAUACAGCAUCUCCAACACGAUUGUCGACCUAAGCACCAUCCCACAGGAAUACGUGCCGUAUCCGUCCCCCGACGACGGCGGCGAGGUGCCCAAGGAGACCGAGCACAAGUGCAAAGAGUGCACCGUCCACAUGGGUUUCCUGACGUCGUGGCGCCAGGCGCGUAGGCUGGUAAUCCCAGAGGUGAAGAAGCUGAGGGAGCAGUACCCGCACUAUCCUAUUCACCUGGUCGGUCACAGUCUUGGUGGCGCCGUCGCCAUGCUUGCGUCUCUCGAAUUAAAGGUCUCCUUUGGCUGGGACAAUAUCAAAGUCACGACCUUUGGCGAGCCCAAGGUCGGCAACCAGGGCCUCUGUGACUACGUCGACGACGUCUUUGGGUUGAAGGGCGAAAAGGACGAGCAUAUUUCGAAUCGGACCUACCGCCGCGUGACCCACGCUGACGACCCUGUGCCGCUACUUCCGCUCACAGAGUGGGGAUACAAGCCGCACGCCGGCGAGUUCUACAUCGCAAAGGCCGAGCUGUCUCCGUCUCUCGAGGACGUGAUUGCCUGCCGCAGCGACAGUGACGCGAGCUGCAUUACCAAGGGAGACGGCAACUUCUUCGAAUCCAGAGUGAAGGGGGACUUAAUCCAGGUUGUAGCAGCAAAGUCGCCGACGCCGCCAGAGGGGGUGGUGGUGGUUGACAAGACCAUUAGCAGCAGCAGGUGGAUCAAGAGGUUGCCGGGCCUCCCGGCUCGGCUCAAGCUAUGGCAGCUGCUCUUUGCGCACCGGGAUUACUUUUGGAGACUCGGUUUGUGCAUGCCCGGCGGCGACCCGGCGAAUUGGGGGAGGGAUAAGUAUGGCGGCCGCGACGGUAUGGUGUUGUCGGAGGAGCUUUGA